AUGCUUGCUUCAGAACCGGUUCCGGACGGGAUAGAAUGGGGCCAAAUAAGAUCCAAAGACGACAGCGAUUUUGGUCAAAGGUUUAAGACUGGCUCAUGCGGCGAAUUGCGCAUGUUGGAAGAUCUGUUGAGCAGAGACAGCCAGGCAUUUUCUGGGACAUGGUUCUUGGCGGUCGAAGCAUAUACUCGCCGUCAGCUGACGUUUGAGAAGGACAGACAGACUGCAGUUCCAGGUCUGGCCAUUGAAUCCCAGAAGGUGACCGGCGACGUGUAUCUGGCGGGAAUGUGGAAGCAGGAUCUCCUUGAUGGACUUCUGUGA